UCCUUCUCGCGAAAAAUCCUUGAGUGGAUCUUAUGCAACUUUCCUUUCCUACGAAAGGUAAAGGUCACUUUAAUAUUAAUAUUUAUAAAUAAUUUUAUUAAUUUAAUAUAAUAGAAACAUCUGAAAUAUAUAAAAUUGGUAGAUAUUCCUAAUGGGAAUUUAAAAUUAUCUUUACUAUGAAUAGUUAUGAUCGUAACCCUACGGAAUUUGCUAAGGUGGCUUGGUUUAACUUUGAUCGAAUUGCUUUUGAAUCUAGUUGCACUGACUGUUUUUUCUGUAUUGACAACCUUCAAGCUUGAGAACUACAUCUCUAUAUCCUGGUGGUCUACGUUUGUGCCUUUAUUCAUUUGUGACGGACUGAACGCCUACUUGUGUGUUAUCGUCUUCAUACGCCAAUAUCUGGAAGGACUGUACAAAGCUGCUGCUCUCAGAUCAUCGUGGAGUUUUAUUCAACUUCUCUUAGUAUUUCUUUUCAAGCUCCUAUUGUGUUUGAAGUUAGAAGGUCAAAAGAAUUUGAGAUACAUCGAAGCUGCAUCUCCCUUGAUUACUUUGUUGAUAUUGAUAAUCAUUAGAUCUUGCCAGUUGAAUUAA